AUGAUCACACCAACUUCUGGCUCUCAAGUCGGGGCUAUCAAGCUCAAAUUAUCACUCAAAUCUAAAACACCCGCUGAACCCCCGACACCUUCUUCCGCUCCUCCUGCGUCUAACGUCAACGCUUCGGCCUCUAGGACUCCUGUCGUCGCAGUGAGCUCUAAUACAAGCUUGACUCAGAACGAUUAUGUGAAUAAAGGACCUGGUGCGAUUGCAGGGCCUUCCACCUCACCUGCGGCAGUAUCUUCGAAUGAAAACAAUCCUUCUUCCAGCAAACAGACGGGAAUCAAAAUGCCUCAAAAAGCCAAGUAUUCGAGACCUACCAAAGCAAGACCUAAGCUACCAUUCAAAUCAACAGCGAUGCCUUCACCUUCCGCUCCUACCUCUAACAACAAGUCAUCUCGUCCUUCUGCCAUCCCCACUCGACUUUUAUCAUCGACACCCACUACCCCUCGACUUCCUAUCACCACACUUCCGCCUGAUACUCCAGAUCAAUCGCGGACAAAAACGGAUGAAUCUCCAUCAGUGAAGAUCGAACAUGGAAACUUUGUCUCUGACGACCAUGAACAAACUCCUGAUCCUAUAUCAUUUUCACACUCCGUCUCCCCUUCAAGAGCCCCACCUGAUACCGCUUUGCCAACGCCUAACGCUGAACGUCAAGUGACACCCACCACCGCUCCUCUUACUUCCAAAUCAGUCAAUAAAUGGGCUCGUUUGAAAAAACCUCUAAAAGAACUAUUGUCAAAAAUCAUGAUUGAACUACGAAGAAGAGACGAAUACGACCUUUUCUCCCUGCCUGUCAAUUUGGAUAUCUAUACAGAUUACCUCGACAUUGUCGGUGGUGAAGACCAAAUUAUGGAUUUAGGCACAAUGCAAAUGAAAGUGGAUGAAGGAGAAUAUACAACUAUGGAAAGUUUCGAAGCGGAUCUCAAAAUUCUCGUCACCGCUGCUCAGAAAUACAAUGCCCCAAACACCAUCCCACAUACUGCUGCUAUCAGACUGUUACAACAUGGUACGAAACAUAUCAAAAGGUCUCGUCCACUCAUCCGUACACCUUCACCAUCGCCAGACAUGGAUUCGGGAAUGGUCACUAGAGAAAUGACGGCUAUGACUGAUGAUCCACAAGUCUCAAUGACCAACGUCUCACCACAUGAAUACAUUCCGACGGAGAUGUUAGACUUUCCUCCAAAUUCCCUUGAAGCAUUGGCGGUGGGGUGGAAUCUUACCGGUGGGAAACGAGUUUGGCCCAAACGGAUCGUACGUGCUCGCGAACGUUUCGCGGGAAAGUGGCGACAUUGGGACUUUGACGGGACGCGUGAUUUGGCAGAGAUGGACAAUGUGGAUAAAGUCAUGGGAAUAAGUCAGUCACCUCUGAUGGGAGAGGUGGUGGAUUGGACGACCAUGAGACGAGAGGCUUGGUGGGAAUUUGAAGGUUUCGGUGGUCCUCAAGGCCAACCACCUGGCUUCUCACCCUUUCCAGUCAGGGAAGGGAUGAAAAGGAAGAAGAUGAACUUGUUAGAUGUUGGAACCUGGUCCGAGGUUGAGGUUGAUAUAGCCAGUCUUAGACAGAGAGCGAUUGCGGCGAGUACGAGUGCAGGACAGGGAAAAGGAGGGCAAAAUCAGGUGUUGGAUGAUGAUGAGAGUUUGUUGUCUGGGUACCUGAGACCGAGUAGGGGCAAAGGUUAUCGUGGCAUGCCUGGAAAUUUUGUCAAUAUCUACGAACCACGUCCUGCCGCGGAAUAUCUAAGGGAAAUGUGUUCGGGGGAUACCAAAGGCGAAGCGUAUCUCGCUAGUAUUGAUAGGUUUGUCAAAGGUGCCAUCGCGUCGAGAUCCCCUCGUCAUUCAGACAUUAAUACAACAUCGUCACCCAAAUCGAGACGAUCCUCAGAUUCCACGAAGGGGGAAGUCGAAGCAGACGGGGCACUCACACAGUCUGAUGAAGGUUCCAUCAGUCUACAAGAAUAUAUAAUGACAAGUUGGCAUUCUGGUAUCCUUCAAUCUCGAGAAACUGAAACAGUAUCGUCCACCAUAUCCGAUCUUGCCACUCUGGGAAAGGCAGCCCUACGACAUUCCAUACCUCACGUACCUUCUCGCUCUGGGAUAUCCUUCUUCGACUUGGUGAAGAGUGCCAACGCGGCUCACACACGACUAUCCAUGCGAGAUUUCUUAGCCGCUCAAGGAUCUUUGGACAUCGGUUCGAUGCUCAAAGAUCCGACCGACUUUUCGUACCAAGGAAUCGGGGCGAAAACCGGUGUCGCUGCUGGUCUGGAAUGGGUUACCUCUACCCUUUCCAGUCUCAUCGCCAAACGCUACCCUCCGCCGCCGCCGCCCCUACCAAUUCCACAAGACAAACAGCUUGAUCAAGUCGAAGAUGAGGGAAAUGAGAAAAACGGCAAUGAAGAAGAGGGUAAGCACGCGACGGAGGAUGACAUCAAUGGAAUGGAAGAUGCAGAAGGAAAGAUGGAAUUACGUAGAGGUAAAAGGAAACGACCGGGUUCAUUAGCCGAACCGGACAGAAGGAAAAAGCUCCGACCGUCCAUAUCGGCAGAAUCGAGUCCUCUCUCCGAACUUCCUGACGAGUCGGUGAAGGAGAAGGAAGCAGUGGAGGAGAAGGUUGAGGAAGAGGAUGAUGGCGAACAAGGGUUGAAGAGGUUGAGAUUGGAAUUGGUCGCUUUGAGCAAGUUUUAUCCUCUGGCUGCACUUAGAAAGAUGGAUAAAAAGGAUGCGGAGAGGUUGUUACCUCCAAACGUUAGGACUCUGUUGGCUCGGUAA